AACCAUUUUUCUAUUUUUGUUUGAGAUUCCUUUCCACCAACACAAAGCCCCUGUCUAUCCGCCAUGUGUCCACGACCUUUCUUAUAUAUAUAGUCAUCUUUCUUCUUUGCUCGAGAGAAGUUUCAACUUUCAAACAUAUCUUUACAGUUCUUUCUUGCUAAACAACAAUAAAGGGGAAAAUAGGUUAAUUAUGAUGAAAUCUGGGGCUGAUUUGCAAUUUCCACCAGGAUUUAGAUUUCAUCCUACGGAUGAGGAGCUAGUCCUCAUGUAUCUCUGUCGUAAAUGCGCGUCGCAGCCGAUCCCUGCUCCGAUUAUCACCGAACUCGAUUUGUACCGAUAUGAUCCUUGGGACCUUCCCGACAUGGCUUUGUACGGUGAAAAGGAGUGGUAUUUUUUCUCACCAAGAGAUCGAAAGUAUCCAAACGGUUCAAGACCCAACCGUGCAGCUGGUACUGGAUAUUGGAAAGCUACCGGAGCUGAUAAACCAAUAGGUCGUCCUAAACCGGUUGGUAUUAAGAAGGCUCUAGUGUUUUACUCGGGAAAACCUCCAAAUGGAGAGAAAACCAAUUGGAUUAUGCACGAAUACCGGCUCGCUGACGUUGACCGGUCGGUUCGUAAGAAAAACAGUCUAAGAUUGGACGAUUGGGUAUUGUGUCGUAUAUAUAACAAGAAAGGUGUCAUCGAGAAGCGACGAAGCGAUAUCGAGGACGGGUUAAAGCCUGUGACUGACACGUGUCCACCGGAAUCUGUGGCGAGAUUGAUCUCCGGCUCGGAGCAAGCGGUGUCACCGGAAUUCACGUGUAGCAACGGUCGGUUGAGUAAUGCCCUUGAUUUUCCGUUUAAUUACGUAGAUGCCAUCGCCGAUAACGAGAUUGUGUCACGGCUAUUGGGCGGGAAUCAGAUGUGGUCGACGACGCUUGAUCCACUUGUGGUUAGGCAGGGAACUUUCUGAGUUGUCACGUGCGAUUAGAGUUAGUGGAAAGUGGAAACUAUCACUGUCUGUUUUCGCACGUGUCGGGUAGCCGUCUUGAAACCCGCUAGCUGAUCCAGAAGUGACCUCAUUGGGCUUUUCAACAACAAUUGGGCCUUAGCCUUUCUUCUCCCUUAGUAAGACAAGCUACUGUAUUGUGUUGUUAUUUUCAGGAAGCAAUAUAAAUUCAUUUUAAUCACUUAUAUAUUCUUUACAUUUUUUUUUCACUCAAAACUACAAUCUAGCUUCUUCUUUUUUUUUUUUUUUUUUUGUUAUGGUUGUACUACAAUCUAGCUUUGUUAUAUAUAUAUAUAAGUUAAAAAUAGUAACUAAAUUACAAACUAAAAUAAAAUAAAGAAAUUGGAAGAUAUCACUAGUGUUUGGGGUAUUAGGGAGGGAGGGGAGCUCGAGAUCCGAUUUUACUGACUGCAUGGUAUCGAAAAAGUGUCGGUAAUGGUAGGGUCUGACAGAUAACAGUCUUAUCGUUGCAACUUGCAUUCAAACAAAUCUCAUUGUUCGCUUUAAUUUCUAAUUAAUUUGUUUUUGUCUUUUGUAUAUUUAUUUGAUUUUGACACGAGUUUGUCUUUCCUAAUAAGACCGAGGCAUGAUUAGUUUAACCGGUUUGAAUUGUUUAGGUUAAAUCGGAGUCCAAGUCAAAUACAUCGCUAUCUAACGAAAACGACGACUGAAAUUUCGUAAAGUUCCUUACUAUAAAACUGAUCUAACUAUCUUCUACAAGAACAAUAUAAUAAAUUUGAUG